AGUGAAGCCAUUUGGUGAGCUAGCUCCCCAGAGAAUGGGCCUGCAUAAAUCUCCAAAAGGUGAAAUUGGGUGAAAAUGACCACAGAGAUAUCCUAGCAAACAGAAAACAACAGGAAGGUGUCUUAUGAAGAAGGACCCCCUUUAACUUGACUAUGAGUCAAACAAGGAAGAAAAAUUCCUCAGAAGGAGAAAGUAAAUCCCAGACUUCAUUUGUUAACAAAUUCCUCAGGGACUCCAAAGCUGAAAGCAGAAAGGAGAACAAUGACCUUAAAACAACUGAUUCCCAACCCAUCGAUGGGUUACAGAAGACAGCCACCUUCGACACUGCUAAGCCUCUCAGUUCAGAAGUGGAAUUUAGACCCAGGACGGAGAAAAAUGAGCAGUUCCUGCAGAAGCUGGGCAAAAAGGCUGUCGACAAGUGUCUAGAUUUGAAUAACUGUGGAUUAACAAGAGCGGACCUGAGGGAAGUGGUUGCUUUGCUGCCUUUUCUCCCAGACCUGGAAGAACUGGAUAUUUCCUGGAAUGAUUUUGUAGGUGGAACCCUCCAUUCAAUCACUCAGCAAAUGCAUCUGGUCAGCAAGUUAAAAAUCCUGAGGCUGGGUAGUUGCAGACUUACCACUGAGGAUGUUCGAGCACUGGGAGAAGCACUUGAAAUGAUACCUGAACUUGAGGAGCUAAAUUUGUCCUGGAACAGUAAAGUGGGAGGAAACUUGUCCCUGAUCCUCCAGAAGUUCCAAAAAGGAAGCAAGAUACAAACGCUUGAGCUCGUGGACUGUGCCCUCACGACAGAAGAUGGGGCAUUUGUGGGUCAGUUGCUACCUGUGCUGCAAGGUCUUGAAGUGCUUGAUCUUUCCAUGAACAGAAACAUCGGAGGCAGUCUGGACAGGCUUGCUCAGGUUAAAUGUACUUCAAAUCUGAGGGUGUUGAAGCUACAUUCAUGUGGAUUAUCACAAAAGAGUGUCAAAACAUUGGAGAUUGCUUUCAGAUACUUGGGUGAGCUGAGGAAAUUAGAUCUUUCCUGCAACAAGAAGCUGGGUGGAGGCUUUGAAGACUCGUCUGCCCAGCUGGCGCUGCUAAAGCAUCUGGAAGUCCUAGAUCUUCACCAGUGCUCCCUGACAGCAGACGACGUGGUGUUACUGACCCAGGUUAUCCCUUUACUCUCAAAUCUUCAAGAAUUGGAUUUAUCAGCCAACAAAAAGAUGGGCAGCUCUUCUGAAAACCUACUCAGCAGGCUCCGGUUUUUACCAGCACUGAAGUCGCUACUAAUCAACAACUGUGCUUUGGAGAGUGAGACUUUUACAGCUCUGGCUGAAGCCUCCAUUCACCUCCCUGCUCUGGAAAUACUCAACCUUUCUUGGAAUAAGUGUGUUGGCGGCAACCUGAAGCUGCUGCUGCAGUCGCUGAAGCUUUCCGCGGCUCUUCAGGAGCUGAGGCUGAGCAGCUGCUCCCUGCUGACAGAGGACGUGGCUCUCCUGGCAUCAGUCAUAGUGACGGGUCAUCUGGCCAAACUGCACAAGCUGGACCUGAGCUAUAAUGACAGCAUCUGCGAUGAAGGAUGGGCCAUCUUCUGCCAAAACGUGUGGUUCCUCAAAGAGUUAGCCGAGCUGGAUAUUAGCCUUCGACCAUCCAAUUUUCGGGAUUGUGGACGAUGGUUUAGACACUUGUUAUGUGCCGUGACCAAACUUCCUGAGAUCACUGAGAUAGGAAUGAAAAGAUGGAUUCUCCCAGCUUCAGAGGAGGAAGCACUAGAAUGCUUUGACCGAGAUCACAAAAGAAGCAUUCACUUUGACCAUGGUGGGUUUCAGUAAAGUGAUUUCCCAAGUCUUACUAAGCUGCAAACCAUUCUCCGAAGGAAAAGAGCAUGAAUGGAUUCCAGUGUCAUUAACUGAGUAUCAACUUUGGGGCCACUUAUAUAAUAAUCUAAUAUGAGCAUGUCAUUAUUCUCUAUUUUAUGAAACAAAAAUGGCAUUUUUCAAUAUAUUUAAUUUGUUUUGAAUAUAUAGUUUGCUCACUGUUUAGAAGGCCUUACAAAAAUAUUUAGAUUCUGCUACUGCAACUGCUUUUUUCUUGCCGUGAUUUCUGCCUUUUCUUUUCCUAUGUGUUAAAUGUUCUGAAUAUAAGGAUGUGUGUGUGUGUGUGUGUGUG